GUAUACAAGCCGGCGGGAAGGACCCUGCAGCUGACCACGGAGCAACGUGAGCCACGCACACCAGAUUUACAACCAAGCACGAGGAAAUGGUUGUGGCGGAGGCCGGCGACGAGAUGAGCCUGUCGAACAUGGUGCUGGGGUUCUACGAGGAGGCCGACCGGGAGCGGUGGCCCGAGGACGAAACCUCCGUCGGCGACGGCGACUGCAGCGACGACGAGAGGGCCGGUGGUGGCGCCGCCGCCGAGAGCAGCGCGUUCUGGGCGGAGCAGCUCUCGCAUUUGCAUGAGGUACUGGGCAAGACGAGCGCGGCGGAGAGCCGGAUCCGGGCGGACACGGAGGAGGCCGUGAGGCAGGCGCGCUCCGCCACCGCGGCAGCAGGCGUCUGCUCUUGCGCGACCCGCGCGACGGCCGGCGGCGGGUGCCGGGGCUGCACGCUCCGGUCGGUCGCGGGGCGGCUGCGCGACGCCGGGUACGACAGCGCCGUGUGCCGGUCCAGGUGGGCGCGCUCGCCGGAGUUCCCCGCGGGGGAGCACAGCUACGUGGACGUAGUGGUGCCGACGAGGAGCGGCAGGGCGAUGCGGGUGGUGGUGGAGCCCAGCUUCCGGGCCGAGUUCGCCAUGGCGCGCGGCGGCGCCGGGUACGGCGCGCUGGUGGCGGCGCUGCCGGAGGCGUUCGUGGGCAGGGCGGAGAAGCCGCGGGCCGUGGUCGGGGCCAUGUGCGCCGCCGCGAAGCGGUGCGCGCGCGAGAGCAGCCUGCACAUGGCGCCCUGGAGGAAGCGCCGGUACAUGGAGGCCAAGUGGCUCGGCACGCCGGACCGCCUCUCGCCGGCCGCGGGCGCCGGUUCCCCCGUGGCGGCCGGCUCCCCGGAGAGCGAGAAGCAGCGCAGGUUCAGGGCCUCCAUGCUGACGCUCGACUACGGCGGCCGGACCGCCGUGGAGGUCGCGUGAGCGAUCGAUCGCACCUGGAGAUGGCUGCAACCUGUGGAACUGCCGGCCUACGAAAUUACCACGGUCCACGGAUACAAACAUAUAUACUGUACCUAUGAAUUGAAUUCUCGUGUAGGAACGACUAUUAUUUGGCUCCAAGCCAUGAGCUA